AUGGCAGAUGAUAACAGAGCUGCAGAGGUGAAAGGUGUAUCCCCCCACAUUCACGAAACCACACGACAUGUAGAUCCUGCACUGGAGCCUGCAAAUCAGCACCAUCAUGGUCAUCCCCACCACUCGGGUCUGGCCGAGAAGGGCCCGGAGGACGACAUCAUCUAUGCCAAAGAGGUGAAGAGCACGAUACAGGAACCCAGCAUGUCGGACCAGCAUCGAAGCCAUAGUGACAAGGAUCUCGAGGAGGCCGGGGAAAGCUAUCCUACGCGCAACCUCUAUCACCGUUAUCGCAAAUACAUCAAGCAUGUCUUCUAUGCUGUGAUCUGGCUCUUGUUCACUGGCUGGUGGAUUGCUGGUCUGAUCCUCCAUCGCUACGAUUUGGGCUGGCUCAUCCCGUUCCUGCUGUAUCUCGCCAUCACCAUCCGGCUCAUCACCCUCUACAUCCCGGUGUCCGUCGUGACCCGGCCAGCCUACUGGGCUUGGGAUCGUACCGCCCGGCCAUUUGUUCGCCUGAUCCCGGAGAGGCUCAGAAUCCCCAGCGCGGCGCUUUUAACCAUUGCGGUGAUCCUUGUCGGCUCCUUUGCAUCCAAGGAGACUGCCGACAACACGCGAGCCAACCGCGCCGUCAGUCUGUUUGGACUGGUGGUGUUUCUCUUUUGCCUGUGGGCCACGUCGCGGGACCGCAAGAAGAUCGUCUGGCACACCGUCAUUGUGGGAAUGCUGGUGCAGUUCAUCGUCGCGCUCUUCGUGCUCCGUACCAAAGCUGGCUAUGACAUCUUCAACUUCGUGUCGACGCUGGCCAGAGAGCUGCUGGGCUUCGCCGGGCAGGGUGUCGACUUCUUGGUGGAGACGAAUUUCGCAGCCACUCACACGUGGUUCUUGAUCACGGUCAUCCCCGCGAUCAUCUUCUUCGUGUCGCUCGUGCAGCUGCUCUACUACUCGGGCGUGCUGCAGUGGGCCAUCGGCAAGUUCGCCGUCUUCUUCUUCUGGAGCAUGCGCGUCUCCGGCGCCGAGGCGGUCGUGGCGGCCGCAUCGCCGUUCAUCGGACAGGGCGAGUCCGCGAUGCUCAUCAAACCCUUCGUGGCGCAUCUCACCAGGGCCGAAAUCCACCAGGUCAUGUGCUCCGGGUUCGCGACGAUCGCCGGCUCCGUGCUCGUCGCCUACAUCGGCAUGGGCGUCAACCCGCAGGCACUCGUCUCGUCGUGCGUCAUGAGCAUCCCCGCGUCGCUGGCGGCGUCCAAGCUGCGCUGGCCCGAGGAGGAGGAAACGCUGACGGCGGGCCGCGUCGUCGUCCCCGAGGACGAGGAGCACAAGGCCGAGAACGCGCUGCACGCCUUCUCCAACGGCGCCUGGCUCGGCAUCAAGAUCGCCGGCAUGAUCAGCGCAACCCUGCUCUGCAUCAUCUCGCUCGUCGGCCUCAUCAACGGCCUCCUCACCUGGUGGGGCCGCUACCUCAACAUUAACGACCCCCCGUUAACCCUCGACCUGAUCCUCGGCUACAUCUGCUACCCCAUCGCCUUCCUGCUCGGCGUCUCCCGUGACGGCGAUCUGCUCAAAGUGAGCAAACUCAUCGGCGUCAAGCUCGUCAUGAACGAAUUCGUCGCCUACAACGACCUCCAAACCCUCCCCGAAUACAAAGACAUCUCCGAUCGCUCCCGCAUCAUCGUCACCUACGCGCUCUGCGGCUUCGCCAACAUCGGCUCCCUGGGUAACCAGAUCGGUGUGCUGAACCAGCUGGCGCCCAACCGCGCCGGCGACGUGUCGCGCGUGGCCUUCAGCGCCAUGGUCACGGGCGCGCUGGCGACGUUCACUAGUGCCGCGAUUGCAGGGCUGUUGAUCACUGAUGAGGGGAAAUAUAUCUCGUAA